AUGUCUAUUUCAAAACCUGUUAAACAGGUAAGAACCUACCAACCAACGUACCAGUUGAAACCAAGAAAACAUUUCAGCACCGAAGUGGUUGGGAAAAUAUUAAAACGUAUAGUUGAUUCGGAAUUGGAGGAGAUUGAGUAUAGUGAAAAGGCGGUUCCUGACCUCUGCUCUAGCCUAGCCGAAAAUAUACGCACUGCGGUUAAAGAAGAAAGUUAUGACAGAUACCGUAUAUUAGUGCUGGUAACUAUUGGUCAACGCCGACAACAAAGUGUCCACAUGUUCCAUUCAUUCUUGUGGGAUCAUGAGCGAGAUGCUUUUUCCUCAUACAAUUAUGAAAACUGUCACCUCUAUGCUAAUGUUGUGGUCUAUGGAAUAUACUUGGACUAA